AUGGACUAUGAGGAAGUGAGCCGGCUUGUAAAAAAGUUCGAGGAUGACCCACAAGUUUUGAAGGCAUAUGAACAGAUUUACGAGCAGAACAACUGUAAUUUUUAUCGUAAAAUAAAAGUUGAAGAUAUUGAAGAAGGAGAAAUUUUAAAUAAACAAAAUGAUGGAAUUAAAAAUGAUAAACUUAAAGAUUUUGAAAAAAAUACAAAUCAAAACUUUUAUGUGUAUACAGAAAAAAUAUUAAAAAAACUUGUUAAAGAAAAUGAAGAGAUAAAUAAAACUUUUGACCAAAUACAAAAAUGUAAUAAUACAUAUAAUGAUGUAGAUAUAUUAUUAAGUAAAUAUAAAAAUAAUAUAAAAACUAUUUCAAACGAUAUAAAAAAUAUAGAAAAUUUAACAAACAGUAUGGAUGAUAAAAUUCAAAAUCGAAAAAAAAUUCUAGAACUAUUAAAUGUGUAUAUUAAAAUUAUUUUAGUAACACCACAAUUAAUUAAUGAUAUAACUAAUAAUGAAAUAGAUGAUACAUUCAUUAAUAAUAUUCAUGUUUUAAAUAAAAAAAUUGAAAAUUGUAGACAUUGUUUAUAUGAUUUAUAUCCUAGUAUUAAUUCCUCUUACACAGAAUUAGAAAAACUUAAAUCGAAAGCCAUUAAUAAAAUUUAUACUUUUUUUCUCUCCAAAUUAAAUAAUAUAAUAAAUAAAAAAAAUACUAUAUAUACUGUUCAACAACAAUUAAUUAAAUUUUAUAUACUUAACACUUUUUUAUAUAACAACAGCAAAAAUGCAUAUACAUACAUAAUAAAGGAAUACAUUACUAUUUUAAAUAAAACAUACUACAACUUAUUCCAAGCAUAUAUUUCUAACUUUUCUGAUAAACAAAUUCACUUUGAUAAUCAUACGACAAUAGGAAAAUGCUCACCACCACACUUUCAAAAUAUUACAAAUACAAACUUAGAAAAUGAAAACAAUUCUGUUACAACUUCGAAUGUGUCACCUUACAAUUAUGUAGAACCAAACAAAGUUAUUGAUCAAAAAAUUGUUGAAAAAAAUGGUCUGCAAAACCCUGAACAAAGCGAUGCUACUGGGUUACUUGUGUCUGGUCUUACAGGCAUUGGGCAAGUAGGAAGUUCAAGUAUCAUUCUUGCAAAAAAUAAAAUGAUGGAUAUGUUUGGAUUUAGUUCUAAAAAUAAAAAUAUAAGUGAUAAAAAAGAAAAUAUAUUUUUACUGAAUAAUAGGCAUCAUGUUUUAAAUGAUAUAAAGGAUGUAUUUUUAAAAAAUGUAAACAAAGAUGAACAAAAAGAAAGUGACAAACAUAAAGAAGUACCAACAAUUUCUAUUCCUAACAAUGCAAUAUACAAUUUCGAACAUAUUUAUAAAUUAAUAAAUAAAUUAUUUAUAGAUACUGGAACAAGUGAAUAUUUAUUUAUUUUAAAAUUUUUUAAAAAUUAUGAAAAUAUUGAUUUUUUAUUUUUAGAAAUAUAUUCCAAAACAAUAUCAGUAUGUUUUAAUUAUUUUAUUAAUUUUAUAAAUACAACAUUUGAUUUUAUUUCUCUUUUUCUUAUUUAUAUAAUUAAUAUAUAUAAUGCAUACAUAAUAAGGAAUAGACAAAUACUAUCUUUAUAUGAAUUUGUAGAAAAAAUGCAAAACAUUGUUUGGAAUAAGUUACAUUAUAUUAUAAAUGAAAAUUAUAAAUCUAUCAUUAUUACUUCGAAGUUAGACAAAUAUCAACCUCAAAAUAAAAAAACAGUAUAUGACCUACUAUAUCGGGGCAAACAUAAUGCACCCCCUACACCCACUGACAAAAAUAUACUUCCUAUAAAUUCAUCUGAGGAAAAGUAUGUACAAAAAAAUGAAGAGAAACAAGUUGAAGAAUAUCCAAAUUGUCAAAAUGAAAUAAAAACAAAAGAUAUCAUUAAAGAAGCUAAUCCAAUUCAAUUUGCUGACAAAUCUAAUGUUGAACUAAAAAAUGAUGACAUACAUAAUAAUAAAGAAAUGCAAGAUAUAUCACCAAACAAAACAACAGACAUGUUUAGUCCAUCGGUUCUAACUCAUAAUAAACCUGAUGUACAUUCUGUUACAAAAUCAUUUUCUGAUUUUUAUUCAUCUUUAAUUAUUUUAAAUGAACUGGCAUAUAAAUACGAGUUUAGGUAUAGAGAGAAAUGCUCGGAGGAAAAACAAGAAAGUCAAGACAAAGCACAAAAGGAUGAACCAAACGAAGUAGACAACAUACACAAUGAAUUAACAAAGAAAUAUGCACAUUUAAAUAAUUUCAUUUCAAAUUUUGAAAAUAUAAUCAUAAAUGUUUUGUUAAAUAUGUCCAAUAAUUUCCAAAAUAAAAAUGAUAAAUUAUUAUUUCUUAUAAAUAAUUAUUAUCAUAUUAUAAUAGUUUUAAAAAAUAACAAAAUUAAUGAAGAAAAAAUAAACCCUUUUGAAAAACUUAUCGAAAAAGAUAUAUCUUCCUACAUCGAUUUACAACUAAAUAAAUAUAUUAAGAAUAUAAUUUUUUUUGUUUCUAAGCAUGAGGAAAUUAUUGAAAAUGGUAAAGAGAAAAAUAAUACAAGCAAUGAUAAUACUACUAAUAUAUUAUCACAGGUAGAUACUCAAUUAAUGGAAAGUACUGCCUUAUGUUUUACUAAUGAAUGGAAGCAAUUGCUUAAAAAUGUAGAACAAGAAAUUUUAAAAUCCUUUUUAAAUCGUGUUAAUUCAAUAAAUAUAUUGAAAAUGCUAAAUACAAAAAUACUUUUAUAUUUUACACGCUACCAUCAACUAAUUAAAAAAAUUUUUGAAAAUUUAGAAAUCCCAGUAUAUGUACAAAAUUUGCCAUCCAUUGAUAUAAUACUUACACAAAUAAAAAAAAAUUCAAAACAUUUAGACAAUGAAGAGGAAAAUAUAUAA